AUGCCAUCCACUAAAGACUGGGAAGGCGACGGCUCCGUCGCAACUGAAGAGCCUGUAUCGCGCGACUCGGUGAAGAGACACAGAUCCUCCAGGACGACUUCGGAGCGAAAGGACCGAGAUCGAGACAGAGAUCGAGACAGAGACCGUGACCGAGAUCGAGACUACCGCGAGCGCGACAGAGAAAGGGAUGUAGAUCGGGAGAGGGCGCCGAGGGACAAGUCGAGAUACAGAGAUAAGGAGCGGGAUAGAGACCGGGAGAGGGAGAGGGAGAGGGAGAGGGAGAGGGACAGAGAUCGGGACGUCGAAAGGGAUCGGUACAGAGAGGACAAGGAUUCGUCGCUCUCGUCGUCGACGCACCGCCGGCACCACUCGACGAGGUCCUCCAAGAGGCCCACCGACAGCGAGGGCUUGCUUUACACUUCGCGAUCGCAUUCCCACCGUCAGCGCCGGUCAAGAGGAGAUAUGGACAAGGACGAGCCCGGUAGCAAGUCGGCGGCUGCCGGCUCAAUGACUGAGCUGGUGCCCGAGUUGGCGAGAGGAUUGGGUGAGCGGGUGAGCUUUCCGUACCCUUCAGUCAACAAGAAUUACAGCAAGGAGGCUCUGUACAGCAAAGAGGAUGUCUCGACUCCGGCUAGACGGACGGACCCCCCCACUCCCGAGCCCACCGAUCUCGGUAGCAGCGAGAUGAAGCGGUCCAAGUCAACAAACUCGCCUGGGAUUACCCGACAAAAGUCGACCAGACAACAGUCGCGUCAGGACGAUAGACCCCCUUCACCGCCCGAGACAGACCUGUCAGACCCAAAGAAGAGGUCCGGCACUCCAUCUUCGCAGCAGGAAGAUGACAGGCCAGGGUCGAGAGACUCGUAUGUGUCGAGAGCGGCUUCGAAGCACGAGUCAAAGUCGAAGCUGUCGAGGGCUUCCAGCCAGGCCACAUUCGUGUUGCGAGCAGCUCCGUCUACAAGACAGUCCAAGAUGGAGGGUUCAGAAAUCACGAAUCCUUCGACUGUGGAUUCGGAUGCCACACAAGUCCUCCCUAGACGAACUCAAUCGACCAGGCCUCGGGUUGAGACCGACUCAUCCCCCGAGUCUGCGGUUGAUUCUUCUCCCAAGACUCCAAUGCAUACACAGAACUUUCCUCCGCCGCCACCACCCGUGUUGCCCGGCGAGAAGGAUCAUUAUGCUACUUCUGACGUCAACCACUAUGCCACCUCUGAUGUUCAUGACAAUAACCACUACAGCACCUCCGAUCUGCCUACCCCUUCGGCGACUCCGGCGAUACAUCCCACCGGCGCCGUUCCUCCACCCCCUCCCCCGCCUCCACCGCCGGCGUCUAUCGAUCCUCAGGAUGUUCCGAGGGUUGACUAUCUCAUGCAGAAUGGUGGUCUCCCGCAGCCAGUACCAAGGCAGUUUCUUUCGGUACUGCCACGGCAAAAUGGCACGCGACCCUCCAACCCACCCCUCCAAGGUGCCGAGACGCUCUUCGCGCCGUUCUUCAACCUCCUCAACCAGUACCAGACGGUAAUCAACGGCAAUGGGUCGGUCGCUGUCGCCACGGGACACAGAACAGUGGCCCGUCGCCUGUUGGACCGGCUGGAGAAUGUUUUCAACAGGGAUCUGCCUCCGCAUGGGUGCAACUGCGUCAUGUGCGAGAGGUCUGAUGAGGUCAACAGAGGACUUGGCUGGGGAGAGGUGCUCGAGCGUGUCAGUGGACGGGUUGAGCUACCGCCGUGGCCACCCUUUGACUUUUCGAUGCUUGCGGGCAAGGCCGUGGAAGAAUUGGCUGACGUCCCCCCUCGUCCGUCGUCGCCGGUAAAGAUGGACCCCGACAUUGCCGAGGAGUUCAGAGAGCAUUACCUGCGCCAGACGCAACGGGUCAAGAUGGCGGUUGAUAAGUGGAUGGUCAAUUGCGAAAAGACGCCCGCCCCUCCCCCGACCGAAGUCGAUGAUGAGACCUUGAGUUUUGCGAUUCUCACCAACCUAGAGACGGAUGAAAGGCCCUACUUCAACGCCUUUCUUACUGGCUCUAGGGAGCUCCAGCCCGCGAACCGUGCGCCGACACCGGCGCGCAAGUCAAGAAAUGAUUUUGUUGUCAAGGCUGGCUUGUCUCUUCAGAGACUUUACCGUCUCCCGGUGGCCCCGCGUGACGCCGAGGCAGCGGUAUACCUCGUCCGCAACCCAGGCUGCUGGCACGAUCUCUUGGUGACCAUUUCGGAAAUCACCUCCUCGGAGUGGGAGAUUCUGAUCUCGGGACGAUUUGAUGGGUUCUUGUGGUCUGGCGCCGAGGAUGACGGUAUCCCCUUUGGCGAAGGCCCUUCUCGCCUAACGACACCGGCGAGCAACAUGCCCUCCCGCCUGAUGAGCCCCGGUGUUCGCGGCGGCAUGUCGAGAACGACUACCCCGUUCGGCGGGGUUGGCGGGCCAAUGUCAAGGAAUGCCACUCCCUUUGGCGGCUUCUCCCGUGGCCCGACGCCAGCUUCCUUCAUCAGCGGUGUUUCGGCUGCGUCGUCUUCUUAUCCCUCCAACAGAGCAUCCAUCACUCAUGACGAAGAAACCGAAAUUGCGUGUCUAGCGGAACUGGAAAGGGAGAUCUUCAACGGAAUGGAAGCGCUCGAGGACGCAUUCGAGAAGCUCCACGAGCAGGCUAUGGGUGUCAGGGAUGCGCUGAGGAGAAGGGGCGCGGCGCUCAGCAUGAGCUUGCAACAGCGACGGGGAGGUCUGGGGAUGAGGGGGAUUGACGUCCUGCCGCUGUCCGGGUCGAGCGGGGUGUAUGAUCGGCCUGGGUGGGCGGAUGACGAGAGCGUCGAUGGGGCGGAUAGCGAGUGGGGGGCUGAUGAGAUGAGCGAGCUGGCACCGGAUGAUUCGGCCAGUCAGAUCAGCAGUAAUCGGAUGAGGAGGCCGAAGAGGAGACGGGAGAGGGCUACGCCGGGGGUUAUCGAGGAGGAGGAUGAGCAGUAG